AUGGUUGGGAGAAGAUUUCCAAGGAGACCUAAGAAGAGACCAAGGAUUAUUCAGAAGAACUGGAUGGAGCAUGUGAAGAAGAAAGGAGAAAAUAAACCAAAUUCGAAGAGGAAAAGAAGGGAGCAUUCGGUAUGUGUAUGUGAACAUCUUAAGGCCAAACUAUACGAAUUCUACAAAUUCAACAGAGAAUCAGGUGGUGAAGUUGAAUACAUAAUGCCAAGAUUGCAUUUUCUUUGUAAAGGAAGGUGUGGUGUGAACGGAUGUUAUGGUGGUGAUUGA